GUAAGAAGACCUUAGCGGAGACUAGCGGAGACUAUAGCUGUACACUUCCUUUGGCAGUGACGAAAUAUCGUGCGCGCUUUACGGCCACCCAUCAUGUCCUUGUCCCCAUCCGCGACAACGUCAAACGUCUCAAACAUCCCAUCCAAACGGCGCAGGACACACAGUCUUAUCGCACAAAGUAGCAACCAUAAUCAUCAAGACAUGAGCCAAUCCCCAGCGGACACAGCCCAUUCAUCACAACAGCCGCAAGCUUCCGCUCACAUACCCAAGAGAGGCGCAAGAGCUUGUACUGCUUGCAGGAAAGGUAAAAACAGAUGUGAAGGAGAGGCUCCAUGUCGUCGAUGUCAGUUGAGUGGAACUGCUUGUGUUUUCGAGAAACCAGAGAAGAAAAACACCAGUGCUAUGCCUGGCGCCAGUGUUGAGCGCCUAUCUCGCCUCGAGGGUCAAUAUCUGGUUAUGCAGAGUCAGAUGAUUGGCAUGCAAUCCUCUUUGGACCGCAUCUUAUCGGCUGUCCAGAGCCAGGCCUACGGUACCCCGAGUCAGCACCAAGGUUACUCUGGGGGCAUGGCUUCUGGGCCCAGUCGCGAUGGCUCUGGAUUUAUGUCGCGCAACGGGUAUGAUACGCACGGGCAUGCGGGAGGGCAAAGCUCUCAGCCACGCUCCCAAACGAGGUCAUUCCCGCCGCUUCCGGGGUUUGCUCCACCGCCUCAUAAAUAUGCAACUUAUGGCAUUGUGCCCAGCACAACACCAUCGUCGGAUGACGAAUCAGAGGAUACGUUGCCUCGUGCUUCGCUCAACGCGCCGAUUGAAGCUCUUCAAGGUUUGGCAAAUGCUGCUGCAGAAGCAGCCGCUGCGCCAUCAGCAUCCCCACCAAGAGUUAAAAAGCGUUCGCGAGUGGAGCCCAUCCCUCGGAAUGCAUUCCCUCAUGUCAUUGAAAAGGGCCUUGUCUCCGAAAGUGAGGCGCGCGAGCUCUAUCAUAUUUUCUUCGCUGGUUGUCACGUCUUCAUACCUUUGUUCGAUCCGAAUUAUGACACAUUCGAGAGCCUGAUGGAACGCACUCCGUGGACAUUUGACGCGAUACUUGCCAUUGCAAGCAAAAUCAGGAGUGGCAAUGGGCCGCUCAGCUCAACAUUCUACAAGUGUCUAGAAGAAGCGCAGGGCAUUGCACGCUCGUCGUUAUUUGGCCCGAUAGUGCGGAAGGAAGCUGUUAUGGGGAUGCUGCUGUUGGCCGCAUGGAGUACAAACGGAUGGCUCCCUAGUGGUCAUGCAAUGCGAAUGGCGUUAGAUCUUGGUCUUCACCGAGCACUGGAGAAGCUUGCUGAUGAUUCAGGGAAAAAACGCACCGAGGAAGAGGAGCGUGACCUGGUCGUGUCGGCGCGUAUCUGGCUAUGCCUAUACUGGUUUGAUCACCAGAUGAGUCUUGGCACUGGUCGUCCUAUUGUACUGCGAGACGAGAGCUCUAUUCGACACUGUCGUAUUCUUUUGUCGCAUCCGAUGGCAUCACCAACCGAUGUAAGGCUGAUUUCGCAAGUGGAGCUGAUCGCUCAAAAAACUCAAAUCUAUGAAACUCUCGCGCCUCUCAAUGGGCAGGUUAAUCAUAAUACGCUCGCCUUCAUCCGGCGUGCAAAUGUUGCGCUUGACAAGUGGUGGCAGGACUGUGACAAUCUUCAUCGCCAGACAAUGGAUGAGAAUUCUCUUCCGAGGAAAAUACUCGUCGGAGAACUGCAUUAUGCUAAACUCUGGCUCGUCUGUGUAGCUCUUCGAGGUGUAUCCUGGGAUAAGAUGCCUUUUGAGCAGCGUGAGCUUGCGUUCCAGGCGAAAGAUGCGGCUUUCAACUGCCUCUCUAUUUUCCUCAACUCCGCUGAGUACCGAGCGGCCUUGCGAUAUGCAGUCCACGACAGCCUCGUAACGGCGGCAUUUUCUGGUCUAUUCCUGCUCAAGAUGGCAAAUUUGUUCCCUGCGGAGCUUGACCUUACAGCGAUCACAGCACAAGUCGAGCAGCUCGCACAGCUUCUCUCUGACGUUGCAGCCGAACGUUAUGCAUUAACGUUGCGUAUAAUGCUCGCCAACCUCCGGCGCAAAGUCGGGAUGAUCGCAGGGCUGAGUGCGCCUAUGACCACCAUGCCCCCACCGGCCUUGAACGAAGGACUUGUUGCACACAGUUCGGGGCCUUACAUUGAUCCGUCGGGAAUGUCUGCGCCUUUCACUAUGGAGGAACUAGGUUUCGCAUGGCCGAAUGAUCGUGCCACGUUCAGCCCGAGCGCGAUACCUAUGUGGUUGCAGGAGAAGAACCUGACGGACCUGGGUUUACCCGUGAACGGGAGUGACGGCAUUUUCAUGGAUGUAAAUGGCAUGCAUGGUUGGAGCGGAGACUUUGCGCCGAUGCCAGGGGCCUGGUGAGGACGCGACUGUACAUAUGGCAGCGACGGUUACGCGCGCUGAGGGUUGGUAAAAUGCAUAUUAUGUGUCUGAUACUCUAUGUUGGUCUUCGCCGCUCGUUUGUGUCCCGUUCUUACACGUUCUUGCUUGUCUCUUGAAUCAGUAACGAUAGUGGUAUCUUACGAAUUU